GUGGGCCUCCUUUGCGAUGUGGUUUUGGAGGCGGGCGACAUCAAGAUUCCGGCACAUCGCAACAUAUUGGCAUCCAGUUCGCCAUACUUUCACGCAAUGUUUACCGGAAGUUUGGAGGAGAGCAGGGCGCCCAACGUUAAGCUUCACGGCGUUGAUGCAGCCGCCCUUAUGCAACUGAUCGACUUCAUCUAUUCUGCAGACUGA